AAAUCAUACAAAUCACGGAUCCAGACUGUAACAGAAAUUCCAGCGGGGAAUGCCAAAAAAGUGAUGGUUAACGUGCGAAGUUCAAGAUUUUGAAAAAUUGAGUGAGAUGUCCCACCUGCAAGUAACUGACACUCAAGUUCGUUGAAGGCUCCGGAGAUUGCCAUCAACGGCCUAAAACAGAACAUGGCGUCUUCGGAGUACGACGUGAUCAGGUCGCGAUACCACCUCAAGGAAACGAUUGGGUCCGGUGGUUUCGCCAAAGUCAAGCUAGCCACGCACCUGGCCUCGGGGGAGAAGGUCGCGGUGAAGAUCAUGGACAAGAGAGCGUUAGGGGAUGACCUGCCGAGAGUCAAGACGGAGAUUACAGCCAUGAAGGAGCUGGUCCACCAGCACAUCUGCACGCUGUAUGAGGUGGUCGAGACCAAACACAAGAUCUUCAUGGUCAUUGAGUACUGCCCCGGCGGUGAGCUGUUUGAUUACAUCGUGGCCAAAGACCGUCUCAAGGAAUCCGAGGCCAGGAAAUUCUUUCGGCAGAUUCUGUCGGCUGUGGCCUACAUCCACCACAAGGGCUAUGCACACAGAGACCUAAAACCGGAAAACCUUCUUCUGGAUGACGACCAGAACUUAAAGUUAAUCGACUUUGGACUGGCGGCCAGACCCAAGGGUGGAAUGGAGCAGCAUUUAGACACGUGCUGUGGCAGUCCAGCCUACGCAGCACCGGAGCUGGUCUCAGGCAAGCAGUACCGCGGAGCCGAGGCUGACAUAUGGAGCAUGGGUGUGCUCCUCUAUGCCCUCCUGUGUGGUUUCCUCCCGUUCGAUGACGAUCACGUCGCCACCCUCUACAAGAAGAUCCUGAAAGGAGAGUAUGAAGAGCCCCGCUGGUUAUCGGACGGAAGCUGCGACCUGCUCAAGCAAAUGUUACAGAUUAAUCCCAAGAAGAGAAUUUCGAUGGAGGAGCUGUUGAUUCACCCCUGGGUGAAGAAGGGACACAGCGGCACCGUCCACUGGAACUCCAAGUGUGAGAAGAACAACCUGAACACAGAGUGCAUCGCGGAGAUGGCUGAAUAUUACGGCAAGACCAAAGAUGACAUGAUGACGAUCGUCACGCAGUGGCACUACGACGAAAUCACGGCUGUUUACUUUUUACUUCUGAACAACUUUGUACGAGGCUGUAGGCUGAAGCUUCCUCCGCGCAGUAGUUUAGGGGAGAAGGGCCACAAUGCAAAUCAUUCGACCAAUGACCACCACCACCCAACCCACCUGGAACCCCCCACCAGCACCCAGUUCAAAUUCUCCUCCAUGGAGGACGGCUUAGAGAACGGUGAGACCUACCGACGCUCCAGCCGGCACCAGGACCGGCGCCACUCGGCCGACGUGACCCACACCCUCUGGCAACAAUCCCACAAUACAGUGGUGCACCAAAGGAGCACCUACGUCACGCCCCGCAAACCGGACCAGCCCGGCUCGACCAAUCGGAACGUCUACGGGAAAGAGAACCACCUCAGUGACUUUGACGACUUCAUCAAGCCCACGGGGCUCCCGCUGAAAACUCCCAUCCGGAACCGCAGCAGAAGCGACGCCAGGGAAUGCGGGCGGAAACGGGGUGAGGGCAAAACGUCCUCGGACAUGAAAACUCCCGUCGUACCAACAUUAUCAUUGCCGGUGCCCCACGUGACGCCAUCAAGGUCGACGGAUCAUAACUUACAUCUGUUGCACAUUGAUCAUCUUAGCCCAGAGAAGAGAGCGGUGUCCAUGGAAGAUUCCCUAGACAUCGACCCGGAGGACCAGCACCGGUUUCAGCACCGCAAGUCCAGUCUGUCCGGCUCGGCCAAGAAGAUCUUUGGAAGCUUUGAGAAGGGUCUGGACAAAGUGAAAGACUUCUUGACGCCCAGGAAAUGGUCCAUCCCGGGCCACGACGAACCUCGCAAAGUCAAGGCGUUGUAUAAUGUUUCCACUACGUCGACCUUACCUGCCGAACAGGUCCUGGAGAUUGUGUACGACGCCGUAUGCAAAAGUGAGAUCACCGUAUGCAAACAGAAAGGGUACACGUUGCGAUGCAAGAAGCAAGACUUCAAGGGCCGCACCGUCCUGUCCUUUGACAUGGAGAUCUGCCGCCUGCCCAACCUGGACCUGAUCGGUAUCCGACGCCAAAGACUCAAGGGCGACACCUGGGACUUCAAACGGGUUUCCCAGCAAAUCAUGGACUUGGCCAAACUCUGAAAAAAAAGGACAGAAAAGCCAGCAUUUUUAUACAGACUGAUGUCAGUUUUAUGCAGAAUUUUUAAAGGACCUCAAUGGCAGUUUUUUGUUCCCGAGGCUCAUACGGUGGACGUUUCCAAUGGCCGUUUUCAGGGAAGUUUGUGCCAGAAACGUGGAACAUGCAGACAACACACAUCAACUCCCUGCACUGUUGACUCCAGUCAGUUUAUUGGAACAUCGCCCUCUUGGGCCCAAAUGUGGUAAUACUCCAAACCGACUUUAGUGAUAACGAGCGCGACCGGCAAAAGGGCCUUUUUUUUGGGGUGAGCGGGAGUUUUCUGCGCUUAGCAACUUGUUUUGCAAACAAACUUCACAGAUUUUUGUCUUCAAGACAUCAAUUUUCUCCAUAGUUUAGGCUAUAUCUACAUUGAUUAGUUCACCUCUGUAUAUCAAUUCAUGUCUAACCGUUUUUAUCACACCAAAGAUCAAACUUUCUUCUGGGCCCAAAUUCACGGAGCUUAAGCAGAACAUAUCGCUUAGUAAAUUGGAGUGCUAAGCGAAAAUCAGGUGAGCACCAGCCACAUGCAAUACACAAAGCGUGGCCUUUUGGCUGGUGACCUGUAUUUGCUAAGAAGAUAUUUUUCAUGCUUAGCAGCUUUGGGAAAUUGGGCCCUGGCAAUUAUAUUUCAUUUUUUAUAAAUCAAAUGAGAAAAAAAUAGCAGAUAUAAUAUGAUUUACAUUGUAUGAUCAUGAAAUUUGAGAAUUUGACGUGGAAAAAUGCGAGAAUCAGAUGUCAUUUUAUUGUCUUGGUCUGUUCAUUUUUUUAAUGAAAAUUCAAAAAUAUUUCUGAAAAUGGAAAGUCAUUGCUCUUUUUUUUCUCUCUCUUUUCCUUCUUUUUAAACUAAAUGCUGAAAUGAUGCCCUUGCCUCUUGCUAUGGACUAACCGGAUAAUUUUUAAUAUUUUGGAAGCUGUAAAUAUUGCAAAAAAUAUUAAUAUGUAGCGUUAUUCAUUUUAGCAAAAUGCAAUCAUUACUUUUAAAUAACUGGGUUUUUGUAAUUAUUCUGAUAAAUACAAGAUUCAUGCAUUUAUUCACAAAUUCUGUAAAUUGUACUGUAGACAUGUAAUUCCACAGAAGUGACGUUUCUUUUUAUAUUCAUUUUACCAGCCCACAUGGUAUUUAUUGAAAAUUAACUUUUGAAUGUUGUACAUAAUCAUUCUUAAAAUAUCUUCAAUUUUUGGUGAGGAUAAAAGCAGUACAAAAAUUAACAAGAAUUACCAGACGUUUUGUUUUUGUCUAGUACGUGUUUAUUAGGAAUCUACUAUGCAAAAUCCAUCGUGAUGUCAACUUGUUGCAAAGUUCACCCAUCUUUUGAAAAUACGUUUGUGCAUUUUGAGCAAGUUUUUUUUGUAGAUUUGACCGUUUUUAUCUUGUGGUUUAAUCAAGGACUCGGGACAAAAUGCACGUUUCGCAAUUUACAUUGAUAGAAACCCAAAUUUCCAUCGAUAGAAAUCCAAAUCAUAUCAUUUGUUUUGUAAACUUUAUAACACCAAAAAGUUAACUGUCGACACCAUUGACUUAUUAACAUGUUAAAAUGUCUUGUGUCUUUAACAUCCAUUCAUUAAAAUGAUGUUUUACUCACUUUUUAUAUGAAGUGCGACAAGACAAAUUCCUCAUAUUUUUUCUUUUGUCAGCAUAAUCGUUAUUUCAGAUAUUUAUCAAGUUUUGAAACCACCCAAAGCAUGUGUGUGGUCUUUGGAAAUAUGUUUUCCAAAAACACAGAUACACUGACUGUUGCUAUGGUACAAGCGCCAUCUUGGAUUUGUUUUACAUACAUGUGGUUAUAAAAAAAAAAGGCCUGGUGAAAUUAGUCUGGUGCCUGUGACUUCCUAAUACCUUUCAGGAUUGUAUUCCAUUGGGAACAAGAUGACAUCAGCCCUAAUUGACUCGAUUCGUACCUAAUUGACUUAAUUCUUAAACUUGUAUGAUACUGCACAUAUUAACGAUAUACCUUUGUAUUAUUUUAAAUAUGACAUCACUGACGAUGUAAUUAUGACACGAGGCAAAAAAAGGUUUUCAAACCGACUGAUCAACUUUGAAAUAUUUACAACAAUUUUACCCAUUGUGUACAGACAUGUUAGGGUGCUAUAAUGGAUGUUAAUAUCACUGUUCUGUCAAAAGGCUGUAUUUGAAGGUAAUUUUAACAUUAACUGUUUAAUUUUUUUAAUCCAUUGUACACAACAAAUGACUGUCAAAAUCUGGCCAAAGUUUGGUCAUUUCCGUGGCUUUCAGAAUGACCCAUAGCCAGCUUGCUUAAAAUUGUGGGAAAAAGUUGUGAACAAUUUUGGAAUGUCAUGUUCGUUCUGGCAUACAUGACGAAAGCCUAGCUUCCAUAUAUCGACGUUAAGCCUAUGCAGACUGUGCACAGAAUCGUCGGUAAAGUUGAACCGGGCUCAACUUUGCCGACCGUCUGUGAGAUAGUUUGCGUCUGUCUGGUUUGUCGGUGACAUUUGCGGAUGAAAUGUUUCCAUAUGUCUGCGUUGCAGUUUGGGUCUUGUUUGCGUUGCUCUCUGCGUUACUACCUCCAUAUGGAAACUAGGUUUAACAUUUGAGGAUUGAAAGGUUUCAUACAAAAUUAUCAGUGCAGUUUUGAUGCAUUCAUGAUGUGACAUCAAUGUUUAAAGAAAAUGGGACUCUCUGUUUGGCACCGAUAUCAAUUUUGUUUUUAAUAUUAUUAAGGCGGUCUUGAAAAGGCAUUUUUGUCAGUGGCUUCUUAGUUUUACAGUUCUUCGUCGGUGUAAAAAACGGUAGCCACAUUCAGACUAACAAUUGAUUCGGAUGUUAUCAAAGGUCAAAGUUCAUAAUUUCAUCUUAAAAAACAACCACCAAAAAUUGUCUUUCAUUUUUCACACCCCAGAACACCCGAUACGUAUUACCACGGUGAUAAGCACCCUUACCUGAAAAACAGUAAUCUUGUCGGAAAUAAAAAAAAAAGGUGAAAUGUUGUGCAAUAAAUAAAAACUAGCACAAACACAGAAAAAUGUGUAGUGUCUUUUUUUUUCUUGAGAAAAGUGUUACUGUAAAAAUGGACGCCAAAAAGUGAGGAUGGGGCGGUUCAAGACAGUAAAUAACAGAAACCAACUACAAAAAUUUGUUACCUUUAAGUAGUUUAUUUACAUACCAAAAGAAAAAAAAGUUACAAUUGUUAAAUUUUGUAUACCUGUUUGUUAAACUUCAGUACAUGUCCAAACUUCAGUACAUGUCCAAACUACACCGAAGUUACAAAAAUGGGGGAAACAUUUCUUGAAGCCCUCCUUUGGAGAGAAUUAACUACUUUUGAAGUAAGAUUACAGUAUUCAUUAACAGAAAACAAUUCACAAUUUUCAGUAACAAUAACCACACAAUGGGAAUUUCAGCAUAAGUGUACCACUAAAAAAAUAUUAAUGCCCCAUCUUCCCAAAUGCAAAAAAAUAUACAUGUCAUAAUAUGAGAUGUAUACUUUCUGCAAAAUUAAAAAACUAAAAAUUCUUAUUUUGUACAGACCAUAAUGACUUUUGUAUUUUUACAUGGUACACUAAUUAGUGUGAAUUCAAACUAUUCUGAAACUAUUUUACACAAAUCUUCACUAUAAUAA